CUGGGGCACCUGUGCGUGCAUAACAACCAGUGGCACCAUCCACUGCCAGUUUUUAAAACCGAAACAAUCAGAUUUCUACCACUGUUGCUGGCAAUGCUAGGAUACAACACUUUAGCUGCAUAGCCUGUCUUUAUGACUGUCUGAAUACAGCUCAAUUAAAAUGAAUGAAGGACAACAUCAGCAGGUAUAUGCUGGUCCACCUCCUGGACAAGGAUAUGCUGGUCCACCUCCUGGACAAGGAUAUGCCGGCCCACCCCCUGGACAAGGCUAUGCAGGUCCACCCCCUGGACAAGGAUAUGCAGGUCUACCCCCUGGACAAGGCUACACAGGUCCACCCCCUGGACAAGCAUAUUCUGGUCCACCCCCUGGACAGGGGAUGCCUCCGCAGCAGGGAAUUCCACCCCAGGGACAGAACCCACCUUACAACCCACAACAAAUGCCAGGGGCACCUGCUCAGGCAGCACCAUCACAAUGGCAGCCAGGGCAAGGUGGUGCCUACACGCCUAACGAUGACGACGAUGAUGAUGACGAAAAAGAAGGCCCUCCUCCUCCAGCACCGACUUUGAUGUUUGAACAUUAUUCAAACAUUGGCACUGAAACGAACCCCCUUGCUCUUCCUCCACCAGCUGCUCAGCCAUAUCCUCCACAAGGUGAUCCACCCAGGAUGGACUUCAGCGAGGCUGCAAACAUAAGUGCUGAACAAGCCAGAGAAGCUCUACUGCAGUAUGUGGCAGAACAGUGUUGUUAUGGAAGUGGUACAGCCAAAGAUAUGUUGAUAAAUAGUAUAGCACCAUCCUCAGCAUUGCAUUACACCCUGAGUACAUUUGCAGAGGCUCGUAAAACAUUCUAUGAUUAUGACCCCUUCCGAGGUCAACAUAUAGAUGGUCCCCAGUAUGGCCAGGCGCCAAUGCCCUGGCAAAUUCCUUGUGAGCCUCAACAGUUAUUCCUGACUCAUACAAAGUACCUAAAAGUGCCUCAUACCUCAGAUAUUAUACCUUGCUUCCGCUGUCAGCGCCGUGGCUGGUUGAGGUGUGGCAGAUGUCGUGGGCGUGGCCAGGUGCGCUGUAACUCUUGUGGAGGUGAUGGUAGGAAAAGAGUCUACAGGCAGAAAGAAUGGCAAGACGUCAGAUGUGGUUCCUGCGGGGGAGAUGGAAGGAAAAGGUGUCUGACGUGUGGAGGAGACGGCAGGGUGACCUGCUCCAAAUGUAAAGGUUACAGAGACUUGGAGCGCUAUGUUAAGCUAGCAGUGAUAUUUACUAACCAUAUUGAAGACUAUAUACUGGAAGAGACAGACAUGCCUGAUGAGUUGGUCCGAGAUGUAGGGGGAAUCAUUAUCUUUGAGCAAGUUCUGCCGCAGGUGUGGCCAGUCACACAGUACCCCGUGCCUCAAAUCAACCAGAAUUCGGUGGCUCUGGUAGAGAAACACAGUCGAGCAUUUCCUAAUGAAAGACAGUUAAUGCAGAAACAAGAAUUGCGUGCAGUACCAGUGUCAGAGGUCAACUACACAUGGAAGGAGGUUAACACGCGUUUUUGGGUGUAUGGCAAUGAGCGUCAGGUUUACGCUCCGGAUUACCCACAGCAGUGCUGUUGGGGAUGUGAGAUUCUCUAAUCUGUUAUUGGACAAUGUCAGUCAUGUGACUUUUUAGCUACUGGAAUUUUAAAACAUUUGAACUGUGAUUGGGUUAUAGUAUUUCACUCUCUUCAAAGUUGGUGCUUUGUCAGUAAGUGGGACAUACUUUCCCUUUCAGAGAGUUUAAGGCUCUCUGUAAUACACUAAAAAUUUUACAAUUAACUACUAGUAAGCAUAAAAAUCAGAAAUGUCGUUUGAGUUAACUUUUGCAUCCUUGGUUCAAACCAGUGAAGCUGAAUCAAAAUGAGUGUCUUUGUUUUGUUUUUAUUUUUUAAUUUACUUGUUUAUCUAUGUUUUACACUCAGGUAAAAGUAAACUGGAAAAAGAGAUUAUAUUUAUCUAUUUUUUUUACACUCGGGUAAAAGUAAAUUGGACAUAAUGUAUUUCACAUGAAAACAAAUUGCUAUUCUUUGACAGACAUAUGUAAGCAUUCAAACAGUAAACUGCUAAAAAGUAUCCAUAAAAUUUUUUUAACUAGAUUAGAUCCAUUUGAAUGAACUUUUUAAACAAUUUAAAUGUGAAAUUUAUUUAUUAUUUGGUUGUUUUAUAAGAAGUGAUCUCUUGUGUUGUUAUAGUAUUUUUACAUUUAGAAUAAUCUCUGAUAUCUGUGACAGUCCUGGAAUAUUUUCUAUUUUAAUAUUUACUUUUAAUUUUCAACCCAUUGCAGUAAGGAUAGUUAAAUAAAAUGUAUA